AUGCCAGAGGCUCUGGUUGAGAAAAUGGAAAGGGGUUGGUGGAGAUAUAGCCUAUGGAGAGUUAACACUUGGGAGACUGUUAAUCAUGGUCCUUUUGCAGUGAGAGCUAUCCAUAAAUACAUGCAAGCAGCUCGAGCAUCCCGAGAUGAUCCAGCACCACUUCGAAAUCUCUCUGCCGCUUACUACGAAAGUGGUCAGUAUGAAAUGUGCAUGUUGUUUGCUAAGAAAGCUAUCUUCUUGAUGAAUGCACAAGUCACUGGUGAUAGAGAUAGUGCAUUCACAACGCAUAUUCGGAAAUUGGAGGAAAGAAUCAGAAAAGCCGAGGACAACCUACCAGAAUGUCCUCUUCAGAAACAGAAAGAACGCAGAGUGGAGAUCUUGGAGCGACUUGCACGAUAUCACCCCUCGAUGAGAUCCGCUGGAGAUUACGUGACUGUCGGUCAUGACAAUGCCAAAUCCCUCUUUGACGAAUCCCUUGCGCUACGAAUUCCCGCCGGCGAGAUCAUUUCAUUCUUCAACAGCGGACUAGGCGACGCUAGACACUUCCUAGCAUCACUCAUUAGUAUCGCACACGAAGAAGCCAAGGGAAAGAUACCAAAACGUCGAUAUCACUUCACGUUGAAUGAUAUCAACAAACAUGUGCUUACUAGAGAUCUUAUCAUAUUCUCUCUUCUAGACAAGCUCUCUCAGGUCGACGAAGAACAAAUGUUCGAGUCGGUGAACAUCUUAAACACAAUCUACUUUAUCUAUGCAUCAUGUUUAAUGCCCGUAUGGGUCAACGAACAGCUGCAAGAAGUGAUUGCCGAGCUUUUAAGAUGUUUGAGAAAUGGCCAACAGCCAUUAAAAUGGAUUUAUCUGUACGAAGCAGACAUUCCAUUCUACAUCCAAGCGCUCGAAAAUUGGGUAUCUGGAGGCAGAGUAGCGACCGCAUUUACCGCUAAAGAAGUAAUGGACUCUACAAUAAGCACCAUGUACGACUCUAUAUACAAUAAUAAGAGUGAUGGAUAUUGGGAACACAUUGGACCUUACUGCAACAAGGAGAGAGACCUCUAUUGCGCAACUGGAGUCCUUCUGCCAUUCCUGCAAGCAAUGCAGCAACAUGAUCCAAAAUUGGUGGAUUUAAGCCUCGAAGCACUGCACAACCCUAGAGGAAGAGAGUCGCGGCUUUUCAUGACCCAUGUUAUGACGGAUAACUGGGUAUUCAACCCGACACAGCUUGAUUGGGACGCGCAUAUAGAUAUUGGAAAUCCGGAGCCAAGAGUCUUUUUGCGAUUUGAUCCAUUCAAUUUGGUCUCGAGGCUGUGGGAGGAGCUGAAGGAGGAACUGCCACCCAAAGAACAGCAUGCCCCCUUAUUUACUCAUAUUGGGCCAUUUUUUGCCAGGGCAGCAAGCGCGAUCAAAUCUUUGGGUAAUAGAUUGAAGGCGGAGGUAGUGAAAGGUGAUUACAUUGAUGUCGCUGAACGAAUCCAUUUUGGUCUCCAUUAUGAUUCCACUCAGAGCCAGGUACUGGGCACUGGGGAUAUUGGCUAUCCACGCCCAGACGACUUUCCAUCACUUUAUUACCGAAUAGUCUUGAGCAAUGUACCGGAUUAUGUCGGUGGCCAUUUAACAACCUUCCUUCAUGCAAUGCCACUCCUCGCACGCCAUCCUACUAGUCUUGUGGGCAGUGUGUGUCUACGAAAUUCACCCUUUUUCCGCAACAUGGGUGACUUCCUUGCUGAAUAUCAACUCAUAAGCAGCGAAAAGAUGCUCGAGCAAUUAACCGGUGUGCGUAUUGUUUUCAGGGGGCACGAGCCUGUGCCACUGGCCAGCUACACAUACUACUGUUGGAAUCAGCCAAUUGAUUCCGUGCCGCUUUCAAAACAGGUAAAAGCCCGACUUUCUCGUGAGGAUUUGAAGAGGUGGUUUCAUGGACUUUUCUUGAAAUUGGCAAUUCCUAUGACGUCCGAUCAUCGUCUCAUUUCAGACAAUAAUCAUAUGAUCUAUUCGCCGCUCAAUCUUAUGAUUAUUUUUCGGCAACUAGGUCACCUUCAUUGUCUAGGAUAUCCUGCCCAUUGGCUUUCAGAAAUCCUAGUCCCACUGCUAGAAGACGCGGGAAUGCUCAAGACUAAUGUUCGACCACCACACAAUGCCCCACUUCGACCCGAUCAAGUUGAUCUAAAGUAUCCGAUCAAGAAGCUUUGUAUCGUGCCUUUUGUGCCAGAGUUGAAAACUCUUGCGACGCUCUUUGCCCCUCUUCUCCCAUUUCGUCUCGAUCCAAAUCAUCUCUAUCCCAUCGACAAGAUCCAAGAAUACACAUUUGAUCUCUCGCCAUUACCAGAGGACUAUUUCCAGCCAACAUGCCUCGUUCUCCUUUUCUGGUCACCAAAUGGCAGUCCCAGCGGCCACUUCCCUCUUGAAUUGUUUCCAAAUCUGCGUCCAUUUCUUGAUCCAAGCCGGCACAAUGGCGUCGCUGACCACGGAUCUGAAGACGCAGCGCAGAAAAUUGAGAAUUGGAGAGCUAAGGAUGUUAUUGUGUGGUCGACUUUUAAGUUCGAUAUUGAGAAGCAGGAAGCAAAGGCAUGGAUGCCGAAACAGAUCAUUGAGCAGAUGGUCAAUCGAAAAUGGAAGUGUGCGCUUAUGAGAAGAGACCUGUGGAUGAUUGUUAGGGCUACGCUUUUCUCGAACUCGGGACGCGUUAGAGACAUGGUGAAGAUAGGAAGGAAAUGGGACGAGGUUUUCAAGGAGGAUGACGACACUGAAAAGGAUGAUGAUGGUAGCGAUGACGAGAAUGCUUUCCAAGAAAGUGACCCUAAUACUAUGGAUCACCGGAUGUUCCAAGCAGCAGUAGAGGGAAUUUUCAACGACAGUAGAAAGCUAGAGACCGUAAACGAGAAUGUGAUUGAUGAUGACGGGGUGAUGGAUAAGAAGAAUAAGAGUGAAGACAAUGGCGGCACAAAUGAUGAGGACGGUGUGUACGAUGAAAAUGAUGAGUAUGAUGAAGAGCACUCUCCAUCAAAUACAUGCACCUUUCUUUUCGUAUCGACCGAGCUCAGCAGCACUUGCUUCAAAGUCUGCUUGGCACCUGACUGCUAUCCUGAACGUUUUGCAAGUUCCAGAUGCAAUAAUCUACGCAGCGCCUGCAAAGUUGAAGCCUCUUUCACUCUAUCGGUUGCAGCUGAGAACAGCACAUCUCACUACCUCUUCAAAUUCCUUGCUUGGCAGAGGAAUUUUGCCCUAGUAAACGGAGCAUAG